AUGUCUUCUUCAGAGCAACCUCCUCAAUGGGCAGAUGCAUUGAAUAAGAUCCUUUCGGAUCUGAAGAACAAAAAAGAGGAAGAUAGAAUAAAGGCAUCAAAGAAUUUAAGAAAUUAUGUAAUUACACAAUCAAGAGAGAUGUCGAAUGAAAAUUUCACGAAAUUUAUGCAAGAUGUGAAUGUUAUUAUAUUUGAGUUGGUCAAUAGCAAUGGUAUUGCCGAGAAGAUCGGUGGUAUUCUGGCGAUCGACGAGUUGAUAGAUGUAGACUACGACGAGAACGCAGCUAAAAUCACAAAACUUGCCAACUAUCUGCGUAUCGCGCUGUCCACUAACGACCAGACGGUGAUGCAGAUGGCCAGUAAGGCACUGGGUCGUCUGGCCCGUUCCAGUGGCACUCUGACAGCAGAGUGUGUCGAGUUCGAGGUGACGCGUGCUCUCGAGUGGCUCAGUGGCGACCGUUACGAGAAUCGUAGACACGCCUCUGUGCUGGUUCUGAAAGAGCUCGCCCAGAAUGCGCCAACCCUAUUUUACGUGCACGCCGCCAACUUUGUCGAUUUGAUCUGGGUGGCGUUGCGCGAUACCAAGCUUGCCAUUCGUGAGGGUGCCGUCGAGGCGCUGCGUGCCUGUCUCGAGUUGAUCGCCGAGCGUGAGUCGCGUCUCCGACUUCAAUGGUACCAAAAGAUCUACGAUGAAUCACAAAAGGCAUUCAAACAGAAUGGUUCGCCCGAGGCCAUACACGGUUCGUUAAUCACACUUGGCGAACUCCUUAGAAACACCGGUGAUUUCAUGUACAAUAGAUUCAAAGAUGUUUGUGAUACAAUACUACGAUAUAAAGAGCAUCGUGAUAAACUUGUAAAGAAAACUGUUAUCACAUUAUUACCAAGAUUAGCUAUAUUUUGUCCAAAAGACUUUGUUCAUCAUCAUUUAAAUACUUGUAUGGCACACUUGUUGGGUGCACUUAGAAAUCAGAAUGAGAGAUCCACUGCUUUUAUUGCGCUGGGUGAGAUUGCUCUGGCGGUGGGCGGCAGUAUUAAGCCUUAUUUAGAUAGGAUCGUUGUUAUGAUAAAAUCGGCGUUGGCCACCAAGGGCAAACAGUUCAAUCCCGAGGUGCUGACUUGUAUCAAACCGGGCACACCUUCGCAGUACCGCAAGAGUUCUGCGCCGUUCCAAGGUGUUUCCAUUGGCUAUACUCUGCCGAACCCCGACACCGACCCCGCUAUCACAGCACUGGCACUACGCACACUUGGAUCGUUUGACUUUUCACAUCACAACCUGUUGGAGUUUGUCAGAGAUACAGUCUCCACUUUCCUGGAUGACGAUAAUCCCGAUAUUAGAAGAGAAGCAGCGAUUACCUGUGCUGUGUUGAUGGUUAAGCCAGGCGAACCAGCUCCAACACGUGGACACACCGCAGUCAUUGUUGGUGAGGUACUGGAAAAGUUGUUGGUCGUCGGUAUUGCCGAUCCAAAUCCAUCGAUUCGUAAGACCGUACUCAGUUCACUCGAUAUCCGAUUCGACCACCAUUUGGCGCAAGCAGAGAACUUGCGUAGUCUUUUCAUUGCGCUGAACGACGAGGUCUUUGAAAUCAGAGAGUUGGCAAUCUCUGUCAUCGGUCGUCUCACCAUUCGUAAUCCAGCCUACGUCAUGCCAUCACUGAGAAAAACACUGAUCCAACUGCUGACAGAACUAGAGUUUAGUGGUGACAGUCGUAAUAAGGAAGAGUCAGCACGUUUGCUUGGACAUUUGAUUGGCGCCUCUGAAAAGUUGAUCAAACCAUACGUCGAGCCAAUCCUGAAGGCGCUACUGCCAAAGCUUCGCGACAGUAAUCCACGUGUUGCAUCGUGUGUGUUGGCAGCACUCGGAGAACUCUCGGUGGUCGGUGGCGAAGAGAUGUCACAACACAUCGAUCAGCUUCUCCCAUUGAUUAUCGAUACUCUCCAAGAUCAAUCUUCAACAUCGAAGCGUGAAGUUGCACUGAAAACUCUUGGACAACUGGCAUCUUCCACUGGCUACGUUAUCAAGCCAUUCGCCAAGUAUCCAACGCUUCUCGAUAUUCUCCUGAACGCUAUCAAGACCGAGAGAAACAGCAAUAUUCGACGUGAAGUUAUCAAGGUGUUGGGUAUCCUUGGUGCACUCGAUCCGUACAAACACAAGAUGAACGAACUUGGACAGCGUAGAGAGGAUCCAAAGAUCGAUGACAAGAGCACCUCUGGUUCCAUCAAUGAUUUGGUGAGCAUCUCGCCGUCGUCCGAAGACUACUAUCCUACUGUUGCUAUCACUGCGCUCAUGAAGAUUCUUCGUGAUCCAUCGCUCUCCAUCUAUCACACCAAUGUCAUUCAAGCGGUUAUGUUUAUCUUUAAGAGUCUUGGACUCAAGUGUAUUCCUUUCCUUCCACAGAUUAUGCCACCGUUCCUUCAUGUAAUGAAUUCAUGCGAACCAGGUUUCAGAGAGUUCCUCUUCCAACAGCUCGUUCAACUCGUUCCCAUCGUAAAGCAACACAUUCGUGAUUAUCUCGUCGAUAUCUUUGCGCUCAUCGAGAAAUACUGGAAUUCCAACUUGUUGAACUUGAUCAAUUUGGUCGAGGAAAUCUCAUCAGCGUUGAACGACGAAUUCAAGGUGUAUCUUCCAAAUUUGAUUCCACAGAUGUUGAAUGUUUUGCACACCGAUCGUACACUAAAGAGAUUGCCAACAUCAAAGGUGUUGAAAGCUCUCGAGGUAUUCGGUACGAACCUCGAUGACUAUUUGCAUUUGGUGAUUCCAGCCGUUGUCAAAUUGUUUGAGCAAGUCGAUGUCACACCACAAGUACGUAUUCUAGCGAUUCAAACCAUUGGUCGUCUAUGUAAAAAGCUCAAUUUCUCUGAUUAUGCAUCGAGAAUCAUCCAUCCAUUGGCAAGAGUUUUGGAUGUCGACGGUACCAACGAGCUGAAAGAUGAUGCACUUCAAACACUUUGUGCUCUCGUCUACCAGCUCGGUUCCGACUAUGCCAUCUUCAUCCCAAUGGUUGGAAAGGUGUUGGCCAAGCGUGAAAUCCAGUGUAACAACUACGAGGUUUUGGUUUCAAAGUUGUUGAAGAAUCAACAGUUGGUUGGCACUGGCAAUGGCGAUGGCGACACCCAGGGAAUCAGACAUCCAGACACCGCAUCCGAAGAGAACACUACCACUGUAUCUCCGGAGAUUGGAUUCAAAAAGCUAAAGGCCAAUGAACAGCACUUGAAGAAUGCAUGGGAGACUUCUCAGCGUUCGACCAAAGAAGAUUGGGUUGAAUGGAUUCGUCGUUUCUCUGUUGAACUCCUUCGUGAAUCACCUUCGCCCGCACUACGUUCUUGUCUGUCGUUGGCGCAAGAUUAUCAUCCGUUGGUUCGUGAGUUGUUCAAUGCCGGUUUCGUAUCGUGUUGGACCGAGUUGCACGAGCAAUAUCAAGAUGAAUUGGUUACCAGUUUAGAGACUGCACUGCUCUCACCCAACAUUCCACCAGAAAUCCUUCAGACUCUUCUUAAUCUCGCAGAGUUUAUGGAGCUACACGAGAAGCCACUGCCAAUCGAUAUCAGAACACUUGGUGCUCUCGCAGAAAAGUGUCAUGCCUACGCCAAAGCAUUGCACUACAAAGAAAUUGAAUUCCAACAGUCUGCCAACUCCACCAUUGAAGCACUGAUCAGUAUCAACAAUCAGUUGCAACAACCGGAAGCUGCCAUCGGUAUUCUUAUCUAUGCCCAAAAGAAUCAUAGUGUCGAGCUGAAGGAGUCGUGGUACGAGAAGCUCAGACGUUGGGAGGAUGCGUUGGCUGCCUACGAGAAGAAACAAAAGGACGAUCCCAACUCAAUUGAGAAUACACUCGGUAUCAUGAGAUGUCUACAUGCACUCGGUGAAUGGGAGCGUCUCUCACAGUUGACAAGCGAUGUCUGGAAGAAUGCAAACGAAGGAACAAGACUAUCGAUUGCACCACUUGCUUCCGCCGCCUCUUGGAAUCUUUCUAGUUGGGAGUCAAUGGAUGAGUAUGUCAAGGCAAUGUCACAGGAUACCAUUGAAGGAUCGUUCUAUCGUGCCAUUCUCGAAGUCCACAAGGACAACUAUGACAACGCUCAAAAGCACAUUGAACACGCACGUUCAUUGGUCGACACUGAAUUGUCUGCGCUGCUUGGUGAGAGCUAUAACCGUGCCUAUAAGAUGGUGAUUCGUCUCCAACAACUCUCUGAGCUAGAGGAGAUCAUCGAGUACAAGAAGUGUGGAGGUGAAGGAAACGAUCGUCGUCAGAUGAUCAAGAAUACCUGGAAGACAAGAUUGAGAGGUUGCCAACACAAUGUAGAUAUCUGGCAAUCGGUACUUGCCGUCCACUCAUUGGUGAUUUCGCCACACGAAGAGUUGGACAUGUGGUUGAAGUUCAUUGGUCUCUGUAGAAAGAGUUCCAGAAUUGGAUUGGCUCAAAAAACACUGUCAAUGUUGAUGGGUAAAGAUCCAACCACUCAUCAGUUUGGUGGAAUCCUACCAAACACUCAUCCACGUAUUACAUUUGCCUAUAUUAAACAACUUUGGAGUGCUGGCGCCAAACAACCGGCAUUCGAAAGACUACGUACAUUUGUGCAGGCACUGAAGGAUACCGACGAUCUUCCGCUACAGGGUCGUGCUCAUUUGAAGUUGGGAGAGUGGCAACUCGAACUCGGUGAUACACUGAAUGAAUCAUCGAUUCCACACAUCAUUGCUUCGUUCCGUUCGGCAACCGAUUGCGAUCCCAACUGGUACAAGGCAUGGCACUCGUGGGCUUUGAUCAAUUUCGAAGUUGUUUCGCACUACGAGCAAAACGGUGGUACUCAAGAGCAAAUCGCCAGUCACUUGCUCCCAGCCAUUCACAGUUUCUUUAGAUCGAUCGCACUCGCACCAGAUCAAUCACUCCAAGACACACUUCGUCUGUUGACUCUCUGGUUCAAGCACGGUGCACAAAAAGAUGUAGAAGCCUCUUUGAUGACAGGAUUCAAUACAAUCAGUAUCGAUACAUGGUUACAAGUUAUUCCACAGCUGAUUGCACGUAUUCAUGCACCUGUAUUGCCAGUUAGAAGAUUAUUACACGAGUUGCUCGAUUCGAUUGGUAAGGAGCAUCCACAAGCUCUUGUAUAUCCACUGACCGUUGCCACCAAGUCACAGUCGCCAGCUCGUCUCGCAGCUGCCAAGGCAAUCAUGGAUAAGAUGCGUAAACAUACCAAUCUCGUUGAUCAGGCACUUCCUGUCAGUCAAGAGUUGGUUCGUUCCGCUAUUCUCUGGCAUGAGAUGUGGUACGAAGGUUUAGAAGAUGCCUCACGUCAAUACUUUGGUGAGCACAAUCCGGAUGCUAUGUUGGCCACUCUUGCACCACUCCAUCAGAUCCUUGAGAAAGGUCCAGAAACAACAUCGGAAACCUCAUUCAUUCAUGCAUUUGGUCGUGAUCUUCAAGAGGCACUCGAAUGGUCAAAGAAAUACGAACGUUCGCGUAAGGACGGUGAUCUCAAUCAAGCUUGGGAUCUCUACUACCAGGUGUUCAGAAGAAUCUACAAACAACUACCGCAAAUGAUUUCAUUGGAACUCCAGUACAUCUCACCAAAGUUGAUCAAUUCAUCCGAUAUGGAUUUGGUAGUACCGGGUACCUAUAGAGCUGGUGAACCAAUCAUUAGAAUUCAAUCAUUCUCUCCAGUGUUGAGCGUCAUUCCAUCGAAACAGAGACCUCGUAAACUCACAAUCAUUGGUUCCGAUGGUUUGGAAUACACUUUCCUGUUGAAGGGACACGAGGAUCUCAGACAAGACGAAAGAGUAAUGCAGCUGUUUGGUUUGGUAAACACAUCGCUCAGUGCCAAUCAUGAAACUGCCAAGUCUCAUUUGAGUAUCAGACGUUUCAGUGUCAUUCCACUCUCACCAAACUCUGGUCUGAUCGGUUGGGUUCCACACUCUGAUACAUUGCAUGCUCUCAUUCGUGACUAUCGUGAGAGUAGCAAGAUUCUCCUCAAUAUUGAACAUCGUUUGAUGUUGCAGAUGUGUUCCGACUAUGAUAAUCUCACUCUGCUCCAAAAGGUCGAAGUCUUUGAGUAUGCUCUCGAAUCGACAACCGGACAGGAUCUCCACAAGGUUCUCUGGCUGAAAUCUAGAAACUCUGAGAUUUGGCUCGAUCGUCGUACCAACUACACUCGUUCACUCGCAGUCAUGUCGAUGGUCGGUUACAUUCUGGGUCUGGGGGAUCGUCAUCCAUCGAAUCUUAUGCUCGAUCGUCACACCGGUCGUAUUUUACAUAUCGAUUUCGGUGACUGUUUCGAAGUUGCUAUGCAUCGUGAGAAGUAUCCAGAGAAGAUUCCAUUCCGUCUCACAAGAAUGUUGAUCAAUGCUAUGGAGGUUUCAGGAAUCGAAGGUAACUUCCGUUUGACUUGUGAAGCGGUUAUGACCGUUCUCAGAAAUAACAAAGAGAGUUUGAUGGCAGUGUUGGAGGCAUUUGUUCACGAUCCUCUGAUCAACUGGAGAUUGCUCACACCCAAUCACGAAAAGGAAACUAAAAUCAAACAGGAUCUCAUCGAUACCGAAUCUCCAGAACCCUCACUCACCACCAGUCCAGUACACAGACAACCAAGAGGUCACCAAAGAGUCGAUGAACAGGUUGAGGCUGAAGUUGUUCCAGAGGCAUUGAACGAAAGAGCUCUCGUUGUAAUUAAUCGUGUUAAUAAGAAGUUGACUGGUAGAGAUUUUAGUAAUGAGACAUUGGAGGUCGCCGAACAAGUUCAAAAACUUAUCGAUCAAGCCACUUCACAUGAACAUCUUUGCCAAUGUUAUGUUGGUUGGUGUGCUUUUUGUUUAAAUAAUAAUUAUUUUAAAGGAUAUGUUGAUUUGUCAACUAAAGAUAUUCAAACAUAUCAAUCAAAUUGA